CCAAAAUGGCGGACGCGUUGACGUAUUGCAGUAGCAAGCAACAGCGGCUAAUGCGGAACAUACAGUUAGUUCGUUCUACGGAAACGCGGUACAGCUCACCAAGAUUAAGCUAUUUUGGUGUUAAAACCACCUAGAAACAGCAGGGACAAAAGAACAGUGAGCUAAAGUUGAAGUGAGAGAGUACUGAGGGUGGUGGGAGCUACACAGCUGACAUAUUGAAUGACCGCAGAGAGAGAGAGAGAGAGAGAGAGAGAGAGAGAGAGAGAGAGAAAUACAAACUGCACUGCUGUAAACAAGCCCAAACCCCAGCGGUGCACACACAGACACCGGGCGAAUGCCUGGAGAGGUCAACACCAUUUCUCCAUUCAGAACUUCACUAAACUCGGUCUAACAACAACAGAAACGUGCGGUUGCGGAACACAGAGCAGGAGCGGAGUGAAAGUGCGGCACACAGGCCGAGUUUAACCGGCUACAGGACCACAGCAGCGGGGGAGGGAGAGGGACCGGGACCGGGACCGCCGCUCCCACGGUCAUUCAGUGCUAAACAAUUCAAUGAAAAGCGACUCUGUGUUAAAGCACAACAAAAGGGCAGGUCUAAAGAGAACAUCUCCACAGAUCUCUGUGGGCUGACCGCGGUGAGGGAGGGAGUUAAAGCCCGGACACGAUGGCGCUGGAGCUGCGGAGAAGGACCGCGCGGCUGCUGCUGCUGCUGCACCACCGAGGCGCUGCGGUGUCUCUCCGCAGGAACUGUGCGGGAAAGUGCCCCAACACCAGGCUGCGCAUCUUGCUCGACAUGGACGGCGUUCUUGCGGAUUUCGAGGGGGGAUUUUUAAAGAAAUAUAGAGAGAGAUACCCGAACGAGCCGUACAUCAGCCUGGAGGAGCGCAGAGGGUUUUGGGUGUCGACUCAGUACGGAGAGCUGAGAGCAGACCUGUGUGAUAAAGCCAUCAGCAUUUGGGAGUCCAAGAACUUCUUCAUGGAGCUUGAACCUCUACCAGGAAGUGUGGAGGCUGUGAAGGAGAUGGCCAAGAUGAAGAAUACAGAUGUCUUCAUUUGCACCAGUCCAAUUAAACACUACGCCCACUGUCCAUACGAAAAGUAUGCAUGGGUAGAGAGACACCUGGGCCCCGACUUCCUGGAGAAGGUCAUUUUGACCAGAGACAAGACAAUUGUGAGUGGAGACAUCCUUGUUGACGACAAGCCGGACAUCCUUGGGCCUGGGCAACUUGCAAUUAUUGAAAGAAACGUGAAUUCUGCUCUCUACCAGAAAAUCCUAAGGCAGAAUGUCUGGUCUUCAGUCCAUAAAUCCAACCGCGACUGGAUUAUGCAGCAAGACACUGAUCAAAAGCAUAGGAGUGUGGAGCCCAAUCCAUCCUGGGAACAUGUUCUUUUCACUGCCUGCCACAACAAGCACCUGCCUGUUAGCACCACCCAGCGGCGCCUCCUGUCCUGGGCAGACAACUGGAGGGACAUCCUGGAGGGCAAGCGCUAGUGAGAGCCUGGUGUACCUCCUCAUGUUCUCACCACUGGUCAACCUCAACCUCAGGGGACCAGCAGGAAUAGCACAGAAGAUCGCAGUGGUGUAAGAAAUCAUUGCACUGUAACACUGUUCUUCUCUGUUUGGUCCAAAUUUCAAGCUUGAAACACUGCAUGAAAAGAAGCCAGGUUUAUAAGUAUGGGACAUAUAUGAGAGGACACAAGCCUGAGACAGUUCAUGAAAAAAAAUGAGAAAGAUGUAUCAACUUGCGUAGUGACAUUUGAAAGAUGUCAUGUGUGUAUGUGUGUGUGUAUAUAUAUAUAUAUAUAUAUAUAUAUAUAUAUAUAUAUAUAUAUAUAUAUAUAUAUAUAUAUAUAUAUAUA